UAUCUGUCUGUCUCUCUCGCGCGCGCCUAUAUAUAAAGGGUUCAAAAGCUCUCGGAUCAAAUUAACCAUAUAUUUCUGAAGAGAGAGAGAGAGAGAGAUGAAACUACUUCCUGAUCAGUGUCCAAACAGGGGGAAGAAUGAGGGUUGCGUGAGAUGGGUGGAGGAGUACUUCAAGGACUGCCUCUGUAACCUCACGGAUGAAAUCUCAUUUGGGCUGGGGUUGGCGAGUCUAGUUUGCUGGGGAGUUGCAGAAAUCCCUCAAAUCAUCACCAACUUCCAUAACAAAUCCGGCCAUGGACUCUCUCUCGCAUUUCUCUUCACUUGGAUCAUAGGUGACAUCUUCAACCUUAUGGGUUGCGUCCUGGAGCCAGCCACGCUGCCAACCCAAUUCUACACUGCUCUGCUGUACACAACAAUUACAGUAAUGUUGGCGUUGCAGUGCAUAUACUAUGAUCACUUUCUCCGAUGGUGGAACUGCAACUGCCGAAACGUUGUUGAGGUUAAAGAUGAGACGAAGGAGCCUUUGAAAUCCAAUUCCAUCUACCGCAGCAGACCCCAAAGAAAUUCCCCAGUUCAACAAGUGCCCCAUCGAACCAAAUUUUAUUAUGCGUCAGCAAGAUCGUUGGCAGGAAGCAAUACGCCGUCGUUGCAGUCUUUCAUUAAGGCCAGAAGUGGGCCUUCUGCCUUCGAGGAGGUUCACAGCGAUUCGUCUUCUGAAGAUGAAGCAAUUAAUCCACCUCCUUCCAAGAACAAGUCUCAGCCUUGGAGAAUUCCCCGUUCUGUGGGUUAUGGAACCUUCCUAGCUGCUUCAGCCAACUUGCCCUCCCAAAGCAGGGCGGCUCUGGUUCUAACAGGGGCAUAUAUCAAGCUAUCUGGGAGGAAAUUAUUGCAGGAGGAGGGUGGAUUUGAAGGUAACGAGUGGGGGCAGGGGCUGGGAUGGUUGAUGGCUGCCAUCUACAUGGGCGGCCGAAUCCCGCAAAUUUGGUUGAAUGUCAAAAGAGGCAGCGUCGAGGGUCUGAACCCUCUCAUGUUCAUCCUAGCCCUCGUUGCCAAUGCCACUUACACUGGAAGCAUUCUCGUGAGAAGCACUGAGUGGAAGAAGAUAAAAGCCAACAUGCCUUGGUUGCUGGAUGCAGUUGCUUGUGUGGGGCUUGAUCUUUUUAUCAUUCUUCAGUAUGUUUAUUAUAAAUACAUGCAUCAAGCAAGAGAAGAAGGUUCACUCGAUGGCGAAGAUUAUGGAGGCUACUACGUGGAUGCCAAUAAAUAAACCCACCUUAUCAUC